AUAUACGUUUCAUUAGAACAAAAUGGCUGUGUAGCGAAUGUUUUCUUGGAAGAAAAAAAGAAAAGAAAAUAGGUAAUUGAUUGUGAAAUUAGGUUAGGAUUAACCGUAUAUUUUUCGUUUCUUAUUUGGAAACUAUUCACUUUUUUUCACUCAAACAAGACUCGUAUUUAUGAAGUAGUUAUGUACCAACCUUGGCCAACAUGGGGAGGUACUUCUGCCGCUGCUCCAAAUCCAGCUGCGGCGGGUUAUGUUCAGUCUGCUGCAACGGGAACAGUUGCUGCUACUCAGUGGCCAGCAAAUUAUAAUCAGUAUGCCUCUGUUACUCCAGAACUUCAACAACAGUGGGCCGCAGCAUGGGCUAGUCAAGCACAAUUUCCUUAUGGUGGUGCAGUGCCUGUAGCUGGUCAAGUUCCAACUACUACUGCAAUUCCAUAUUCAGGAUAUCCUGAUUCUCAAACACAAACAUCGGACAGUAAUGCACAGACAGCAUCAGAAAAACCAAAGAAUUCAUCAGAAGAGCUGACUUCCAAGAAUAGUUCUGAAUCAGACAAAUUAAAACAGUUGAAAGAACAAGCUGAGCAAUGGAAAUCACUUCAACAGCCAGCAGCAACUGCUGCUGCAGCUACUUCCUGGCCUUAUGCAGCAGGUGUUUCUGCAACUGCAACUUCUGUUACAACAUCUGGAGCACCAUUAAAAUCAAAUGAAAAUACAAAUACUGCACAGUCCAACAUUGAACAGCAGGCUCCAUUGGAUCAAGAAGAAGAGGAAUUUGAUCGUCAGUUCAAAGAAUGGGAAAAGCAGUUUGAAGCGUGGAAAGAACAGAACAUCAAUCAUCCUGAUAAGGAAGCAUUUGCUCAAUAUGAAAAACAGUGGCAAGAAUGGAGGGCUCAACUCCUACAAAAAAAGGAACAGAUGCAGAAAGACAAAGCAGCCAGAUUGGCUCAACAGUCAGGGAAUACCACUACUGCCCCAACCAUAAAUACUAGCACUAUACCUGCAACUACUAGUUCUGGUGUAGUGGACUCCUCUGGUGUAGCAAAUCCCAAUCUCUAUUAUCAACAGACUCAGUACAUGUACAUGCAGCCUUAUGUCUAUCCAGGCACUGUGCCUGUUGCUCCUCCUGCUGUCCCACCUCAAUUUUCCUUUGGAGGCCAGUCUGGACCUGGUCCUGUGGAUACUUUUAAUGGUCCACCUCCAGUGGGAAAUACUGGAGCACCUCCAAUGAAUGUGCCUAACUCUAACAUGAACUCAAGAGAUGUGAAAAGUUAUGAUCAAGAAAAUGAACAAUACAAAUAUGGCCAAGGACCUGAAAACUUUCCUCGUCAUGAUGAUUCUUAUGGAAAUUAUGAUGACUAUGGAAAUUCAGCUAUGUACCCUCCUCCUGAUAUGGAGGAUCCAUACCAAAGAGAUAUGAAUUUUGGUCGAGGUCGAGCUAGAGGACGAGGACGUGGGAGAGGCAGAGGGCGUGGGAGAUGGUCUGAACCUAAUGAAAUAGAGGGCCCACCACCAACUAAUAUGAGAGGUCAAGGACCUGCUUUAUUAGACAAUCCUCCUGAAUUCUCAGAUGGUCCUGGGGGCCCUGGGAAAUUUCGUGAUGGUCCUGGUGACUUUCGGGAAGGACCUGGUGGCUAUCCGCCUGGUCCUCCAGGCCGUUUUCCACGAGGACCUCCUCGUGACUUUCCCCCUGGUCCAGGAGAAUUAGAUAGUCCACGCAAAUUUCAUGAUGGAAAGUUUCCAGAUGGUCCUGGAGAGUUUCCACCAGGCCCUAACAAGAGACCUCCAUUUGACUAUCCUCCUGAUGGCUUUCCUGGGGAUUAUCCUGAUGGCCAAAACUUUCCUGAAGAUCAUCCAAGACAAAGGCGAAACUUUCCUUCAGAUGAACGUUUUCCUUUCCGUGAUGGACAGCCACCUAAUCGUGAAUUGAAACCUCCUCUACUAUCACGUGAUGGACAGAAACCUCUUCUCCCUCAGGAAGAUCGUCCACCUCUUCUUCGAGAUGUUAAACCACUCCUUCAUGAUGGGCAGCCACCUCCAUUUGAGGGUCAACAACCACCGCUACUACGUGACAGACCUCCUGGUCAGUUCCCACCUGGUGAAUUUGAUGAACCUUAUCCUCCUGAGCCAUAUGAUGACAGAUUUCCUCCAGAUUCUGACAGAUUUCCUCCUGGACCUAAAGAUGACCGUUUCAUGAUGGAUCGGAAGUUUGAUGGAUAUCCACCUAUGGAGGAUAGAGGAUUUGGACCUCCACCUCCCCCACCAUUUGGGGAUGAAUUUCCACCUUUUGAUGAUCGAUUUCCGCCUGGUCGGGGGCGUUUUCCACCCAGGGGCAGGCGAUUCCCUCCGGGCCAUAGAGAUUUUGAUAGAUUUGGUCCUCCAAAUUUUCCUCCUGGCAUGCGAGAUGAUGGUCCUCCUUUUGGUCCGGAUGACAGAUAUCCUCCUUUCCCUGGUGAUGGACCACCAAGGUUGCCACCUCCUGGUAGAGGUGGUCAUAGACCACCUUUUGGACCUGGAAACCAUCCUAGAUUUCCUCCAGAUGAGCCAUAUUUUCGAGAAGGUGGCCCUCCUCCAAUGCGCUUUAAAUCAGUUGAUUAUACUCACAGAUCCUCUGCAGACUUUGAUCCACAUUAUGAAUUUGAAGCUGAAUUUCAAGAUGAUGUAGGGCAGUUUAGAGAUAAUUUUUGUAAGGAUAUAAAUCUGAUUUCCCAUGAUCCCAUAAUAUUUUCACAAGUCCCUGUUGAAUCUUUUGAUUAUGGACACGGUAUGAAACCUAUGACCUCUACAAUGAUUCCUGCAAAGAAGGAGAGUGAUUCUAAUGCUCCUCUCAAAGUGUUCGACUACUCCCAUCGUGUGGACAGAGGAUCUCCUCAUGGAGAUCGAGGCUAUAUUCCAGAUAGGAUUGAUGAAAGACCUCCAAGAGAACGUGGGCCAUCAUUACGAGACAGGAACCGAGACAAAGAAAAGGAUCGAGACCACCGAGACUCUGAGCGAGACCGCGAUCGUGACAGGUCUCGUAAAGACAAUCGCGAUUUGAGGGAGAGGGAUUAUGAUAAUCGUGAGAGAGAUCGAGAUCGAGACAGAGAUAGGGAAAACAAAAGGGGUAGGGAUUGGGAACGUGACAGACAUAGAGAAGAUUCAGAUAGAGAUCGUGAUCGAGAUCGUGACAGAUACAGAGAAGAUACAGAUAGAGACAGUAAGCGUUUUAGAUGGGACAGUAAAGCAGAUUCUGAAAGAAAUAGUUCCAAAGAUAGAUCCUCUCAUUCUUCUAGCCAGAAAAAAGAAAGCAAUGAAGGGAUGAAUAUACAAGAAGUGUCAUCUCAUUUUAAAACCCCAUCAUCCGUUUUUAAAAAUGAAAGCUUAUCUGAGUCCUACUUAAUUGAAGAUUUAUUAUUUGCUCCCAAACGCUUAACUAGGCCAAAACAGUUGGUCAUUAUUCUUAGAGGUUUACCAGGUUCUGGUAAAACUUAUGUUGCUAAGCUUAUCAAGGACAAAGAAAUUGAAAAUGGUGGAUCAGCUCCUCGCAUUCUUUCGUUGGAUGAUUAUUUUAUGGUAGAAAAGGAAGUAAAUGAUGUUGACCCUGAUACAGGAAAGAAAGUAAGACGGAAGGAAUUUAAAUUUGAAUAUGAAAUUGAAAUGGAAGAAGCCUAUAGAUCCAGUUUAUUCAAGUCAUUUAAGAAGACUAUUGAUGAUCGUUUCUUCCCUUUUAUCAUCGUGGAUGCAGUGCAUGAGAAGUCCAAACAAUAUGAGCAAUAUUGGAGUUAUGCAAAGCAAAGAGGUUUCCAGGUUUAUAUUGCUGAAAUGGAUUGUAAAGAUCCUGUCAUUUGUUAUAAACGAAAUAUUCAUAAUAGGUCUUUAGAAGAAAUUUCUAAGAUUUUGGAGUCAUGGGAGCCGAAGCCUCGUCAUUUUAUGAGCAUUGAUAUUCGCUCUCUACUGCAGGAUGUUGCUAUCCAAGAAGUGGAGAUGGAAGUUGAAUCUGAUGAUAAGAAAGAUGAUGAUAAAGAUGAAGAAUCUAGUAAUAAUACUGAUGGCAUGAGUUUUCAUGUUCCGAGUCGUUGGGAAAAACUUGAAGCUACAGAAGAAAAAUUAGAUCAACUGGAUGGUCUCCGAGUUAGCAAGAAAAAGCAUUCUUCAAUGGAAGAUUAUUUACAGCUUCCUGAUGACUAUGAUGACAGAAAAUGUGAACCUGGAAAGAAAAGAGUGCGUUGGGCUGAUUUGGAAGAGAGGAAAGAGCAAGAUCGUCUGCGUGCAAUUGGCUUUGUUGUAGGACAGACAGAUUGGAAUAAGAUGACUGAUCCCACUCAUGCAGAUAGAGCACUCACAAGGACCAAGUACUUUUAAAUUCAUGCACUUGUGUCAUAAUACUUCAGCUCCUGUUAUUUUUUUUUUCUUUUCUUCUUCUUUUACAUGUUUCGUUGUGCAUCAACUUUUUACUAUCAUAUUGAAUGAUUUUCAUUACAUAAAUUUUUCAAAUGCUAUUUUUCCUUGUUGGAACUCAAAAGGAGGCGAGGGUAUUGUUUUCCAGCUUUUAUGAUCAGAAUAUGAUCAAUAACUUAAAGAGCAUACUUGAAGCCAUCUUCAGUUUGUCAUAUUUUAAAACUAGUUGUUCCUCAUUUCUAUAGAUGGCUUUCUCUUUCAGUAUUGUAAAACUUGCAGUGUAUUCUGAAGAAGGAAAUAAUAAAUGCUGCUGUGUCAAUAAUAAGUAAUAUUAUAUGUAUAUUUUCUAGAUUUGUUUCUUUAAGAUUAUUUUCAUUGUCCAUGUCCAUUUAAUUGUUGUUGCCAUAUUACAUUAUUAUUCUUUGAGUUCAUUGAAAAUUUUCAUUUUGUAAUGGUAAUUAUCUACAUAAAAAUAUUUUUUUAAACUAGUUUCUAGUAUUUAUUUAGCAUAAUACAAAGAAAAAUAAUAUAUCUUCUUAAAGAAUAUUUAUUCUAGAUCCCACCCCCACCCUUUUUAAAGGAUUUCAAACUAAUAUUUGACUCAAGAAUUUAAAGAAAGAUAUAGAUGGCAGUGAUUUACAAUAUUUUAAAUAAUUUUUUUUUAAUUUAAAAAUAGCCUUUUUCUGCAAAGAAAUAUUGCAAUAGCAUUUAAAAUUCUUUUGCUACAUGAGUCAUUCAUCUAUGUAAAAAAUGCAACUAAUAUCAUUGUCAGUUCAAAUCAUCACAUUGUAGGAAGAAGUAUAUGUAUGUAUUUGACUAUAAAUAUUCUAAGUUGUGUACUGCAUUUAGUUUUCAUUUCUUCUUACUAUGUAUUAAAAUUCAUUUCAAUAAAGUUAUUACAACAUUUU